AUGAAUCGUAAUAAAAUUUCCUUUGGGAAAAUCAAUCUUAACCCAAAUAAACCAGCUGUGGUAACGGAGAAGCCGGCAGAAAGCCAACAUGACGCUUCAUCUUCAGUGACCAGUGUCGGUGGUUUCAAGAAAAUGGGCAAGCAACAGCUCAUACGACAAGUAGAAGAGGUGACUGAAGAUAUGGAAAGUCAGCAUCUUAAGGAAAUAAUGGGUAUAAGCGGUUUUGGUCGCAAAACAGCAAAAGUCUUUGAUAUCAAUGAGCAAAUAGCAAAAGCACGUGAAGUUGCACCGCCAAAACCGCGUGCCGAAAGCGAAGAAUCWAAACCAGUUGGCAAUGACGAUUCAGAUGAUGAGCCUGCGUUUGGACCUUUACCACCUGAAGCGCUCAGCACAGAAAAAGACGGUGAUAAACAAACUGUUUUAAAGCCUAAAAGAACAGAUGCUGAUAGUGAUGAUGAUGACGACGAUGAUGAGGAGGAUGAUGACGAUAAUCUUGAACGUAAAAUACCGAAUACUCACGAGGUACAAAUGCAGCAUGGUUCGCGCGCCGUACUAGCCCUUGCAGGCGAUCCUGCAGGUGCACGUCUAGUGUCCGGCUCCAUCGACUACGAUAUGUGUUUUUGGGACUUUGCCGGCAUGGAUGCUGGUAUGCGUAGUUUUCGUACCAUACAACCAUGUGAGAAUUAUCCCAUACGAGCACUACAUUAUUCCGUUACUGGUGAUAUGAUCCUGGUAGUGUCGGGUAACUCACAAGCGAAAAUCCUUGAUCGUGAUGGUUUUGAAAAAAUGGAAUGUGUUAAGGGUGAUCAAUAUAUAAGCGACAUGGCGCGUACAAAGGGGCACACAGCACAACUCACCUCUGGCUGUUGGCAUCCGUAUACACGUGAAGAAUUUCUUACUGCAGCGCUUGAUGGCACUUUACGCAUUUGGCAUGGUUUGAAGUCCAAGGAGCAAAAGACGGUAAUUAAGACACGAGCGCUAGGUGGUUUGCGUACCAAUGCUUCGGCGUGCACUUUCAAUCGUGAUGCCACCCUAAUCGCUGCUGCUUGUGUAGAUGGUUCGGUGCAGAUGUGGGACACACGUAAAAUGUUUGUUAAUACGACGCAUUGUUUGCGUGGCGCACAUCAGAAGGGAUCGGAAAUCACUUCUGUACAAUUUUCGUACUUGGGUACACAACUGGCCACACGUUCCAAUGAUGAAACUAUGAAGUUGUGGGAUUUGCGUAAGUUUAAAGAACCGCUGCAUACAUGGACUAGUCUCUUCUCGCGCUAUGACACCACGGACUGUUGCUUUAGUCCGGAUGAUAAAAUGCUGGUGACGGGUGAAUCGUUACCAAAAGGUUCGAAAGAGGCGCAAUUGCAUUUUUAUAACACUCAGACAUUUGAAGAAGUGAAGCGUAUCGCGGUUACCGAUUCGCACGUCAUUAAGGCAAUGUGGCAUCCAAAGUUGAAUCAGAUUUUUGUCGGUUGUGGCAAUGGKGUCAUCAAAUGCUAUUAUGAUGAACUACUCAGCUCACGUGGUGCCAAAUUGUGCGUUGUCAAGACACAUCGCAAGAAGAAACAUACUGAAAUGAUCGGUGUAUCGCAGAUAAUUACACCACAUGCAUUACCAAUGUUCAGACAAGAAAAAUCCAAGUCAUCACGCAAGAAAAUGGAGAAAGAGCGUUUGGAUCCUGUUAAAUCACAUCGUCCUGACUUACCAAUCACCAGUGGACAAGGUGGUCGUGUGGCAAGUUCAGGUGGCACGCUCUCAUCAUAUGUCAUUAGAAAUUUGGGUCUGAGCAAACGCGUUGACGACGAUCAAGAUCCACGUGAAGCCAUUUUGAAAUAUGCAAAGGAAGCGGAGGAGAAUCCUUACUGGAUAGCGCCGGCGUACAAAAAGACACAGCCGAAGCCGAUAUUCACAGAAUCGUCCGGUGAGCCCGAUGCAAAGAAAGCAAAAGAGGAGUAAUUAAGUUAGAAGAUAACGUGAUAGGGCUUAGAUUUGUGACAUAGUAUGUAAUUGAGAAUUAAUAAACAAGCGUCAGUGACCAACA